GAGCAGGAGAGAAGGGGGAAAGCUGAGUGGAGAGAAGACGUUCCCAGACCAGUCAGUGGCUUCAUGGAGUUCUGUACCUCUGAUCCGCCGCCAUGGAUUGCAAUCCGCGAUUACUCCUUUUCAUUUUACACCUUCUAAUGUCCUGCGUUGUCCCUGCUUUCCUCACCAUCUAUCCCCCCAAUGAAGUUAACCUGUUAGACUCAAAAGCAAGCCAAGGGGAGUUAGGAUGGAUUUCCUACCCAUCACAUGGGUGGAGGGAAAAUUGGGAGGAGAUCAGUGGUGUGGACGAGCACUACACUCCCAUCAGGACCUUCCAGGUCUGCAACGUGAUGGAGUACAGCCAGAACAACUGGCUUCGCACCAACUGGAUCCCUCGCCAGUCGGCGCAGAAGAUCUACGUGGAGUUGAAGUUCACCCUGCGGGACUGCAACUCCAUUCCACUGGUCCUUGGCACAUGCAAGGAGACCUUCAACCUCCUCUAUCUGGAGACAGACGAUGACCAGGGGAGCCACUUCAGGGAGCAUCAAUUCCUGAAGAUUGAUACCAUAGCUGCUGAUGAGAGCUUUACCCAAACGGACCUCGGAGAUCGCAUCCUCAAGCUCAACACCGAGGUGCGGGAGGUGGGCCCCUUGAGCAAGAAGGGCUUCUACCUGGCAUUCCAGGACGUGGGUGCCUGUGUAGCUUUAGUCUCGGUCAGGGUUUACUUUAAAAAGUGUCCACAAACUGUGAGGAACUUGGCCUCCUUCCGAGAUACUGUGCCCAUUGACUCUCAGUCCCUGGUUGAGGUACCGGGCUUGUGUGUCAAUAACUCAAAAGAGGAGGAACCCCCAAGAAUGUACUGCAGCACAGAGGGGGAGUGGCUUGUGCCUAUUGGGAAGUGUCUGUGUAACCCCGGAUACGAGGAGAGAAGCAGCACCUGCCAAAUGUGCAGGGAAGGCUUCUACAAAUCUACCCACGGCAACAUGGAGUGUUCAAAGUGUCCGCCUCACAGCUUCUCCCACCAUGAGGGGUCAUUGCACUGUGGCUGUGAGAAAAACUACUUUCGGGCAGAGGGAGAUCCGGCCUCCAUGGCGUGUACACGACCCCCAUCAGCUCCCCGGAAUGUGAUCUCCUCCAUCAAUGAGACCUCGGUUAUCCUGGACUGGAGCUGGCCAGAGGACACAGGAGGACGCAGGGACAUCACUUUUAAUGUCCUCUGCAAACGCUGUCGGGGCACUGCUGCCAAUGUGAGCACCAGUGGGACCCUGCAUUGUGAGCCUUGUCGAAGCAACGUCCGUUUUCUGCCAAGAGCGACGGGGCUCCACAACACCACGGUGACAGUGGGUGACCUGUUGGCUCAUACUAAUUACACCUUCGAGAUCGAAGCACAGAACGGCGUAUCACCACUGGCAUUCAAAAUGAGACAAUAUGCAGCUGUCACCAUUACCACCAAUCAAGCAGCUCCCUCUCCAGUAACUGUGAUCCGAAAGGAGAAGACAUCCCGAAACAGUGUCUCGCUGUCUUGGCAGGAACCAGACAGACCCAACGGCAUCAUCCUGGACUAUGAGAUUAAAUACUACGAAAAGGAAGAGCAGGAGACCAGCUACACCAUCCUACGAGCUCGGGGUUGUAACGUGACCCUGAAUGGUCUGAAGCCCAACACGGCCUACCUGCUCCAGAUCAGAGCUCGCACCGCUGCUGGAUAUGGAGCCACCAGUCCCAGCUUCCAGUUCGAAACCAGCCCUGACUCAGCCUUCUCCAUCUCCAGUGAGAACAGCCAGGUUGUUUUAAUUGCCAUUUCCUGUGCAGUGGCCAUCAUACUGGUCACCGUGCUGCUGUACGUCCUGAUUGGCAGGUUUUGUUGCCGCAGCAAAUCCAAACAUCCUGAUGAGAAAAGACUUCACUUUGGCAACGGCCAUUUGCGUCUGCCAGGUAUCAGGACUUACGUGGACCCCCACACGUAUGAGGACCCGAGCCAGGCUGUUCAUGAGUUUGCCAAAGAGCUCGAAGCCUCCGGCAUUGCUAUUGAUAAAGUCGUGGGAGCAGGUGAGUUUGGAGAGGUGUGCAGUGGUCGUCUAAAGUUGCCCAGCAAGAAGGAGAUCUGUGUGGCCAUCAAGACUCUUAAAGGCGGUUACACAGACAAGCAGAGGCGGGACUUCCUUGCAGAAGCAUCAAUCAUGGGACAGUUUGAUCACCCCAAUAUCAUCAGGCUGGAGGGUGUAGUUACACGCAGUAAGCCUGUCAUGAUCGUCACUGAAUACAUGGAGAACGGAUCUCUUGAUAGCUUCUUAAGAAAACACGAUGCCCAGUUUACGGGAAUCCAGCUGGUCGGCAUGCUGCGUGGCAUUGCCUCGGGCAUGAAGUAUUUGUCAGACAUGGGUUACGUUCACCGAGACCUAGCAGCAAGGAACAUCCUGGUCAACAGCAAUCUGGUGUGCAAAGUGUCAGACUUUGGCUUGUCCAGAGUGCUGGAGGACGACCCUGAGGCUGCUUACACCACCAGGGGAGGAAAAAUCCCUAUCCGGUGGACAGCCCCAGAGGCAAUUGCCUACAGGAAGUUCACAUCGGCCAGUGAUGCUUGGAGUUAUGGCAUUGUCCUCUGGGAGGUGAUGUCAUAUGGAGAACGGCCAUACUGGGAGAUGUCCAAUCAGGAUGUAAUAAAAGCUGUAGAUGAGGGUUACCGCUUGCCGCCACCCAUGGAUUGCCCUGCCACACUCUAUCAGCUGAUGUUGGACUGCUGGCAGAAGGAGCGGAAUAACCGUCCCAAGUUUGAACAAAUUGUCAGCAUCCUUGACAAACUCAUCCGCAACCCCUGCAGCCUCAAAAUCACAGCCAACACCACAUCCAGACCAGCCAACUUGUUGUUGGACAGGAGCAGUGCUGAAGUUCCCUCGGUGGGGACGAUGGGUGACUGGAUGGAUGCCAUGAGGACCUUGCCUUGCAAAGAGGCCUUCUCUGGGGUCAGCUACAGCUCCUGUGACACCCUGGCCAAGACCUCUACAGAGGAUCUGAAAAAGGUUGGAGUGACGAUUGCAGGACCGCAGAAGAAGAUUGUGAGCAGCCUGAAAGCCCUAGAAUCUCAUACCAAGAAUGGCCCAGUACCUGUUUAAAAAAAAAAAAAAAAAAAAAGAAAAACAAGAAAUGAAAACGGCCAGAGACUUUUCUGUUAGUCUGUGUUGACACAUUCUAACGCAGUGGCUACAUAUCUAAAUAAUAUGGAGAUGCAAACGGAUGGGAAAACAGAUAUGCCUCAUGUGAUGGCUUUCACUCGUCGUUGAAAGCUUUCUAACAGACAAACGGGAAAGAGCUAAGAACCGACCUCCUACCUGCUCAACAGGCCGGCUCCCCCCCUCUCCCUACAUGCCCACGUUGAGAUGCCUUACUGACUAAUAGAGGGGAGGAGAGAAACGGAAAGGUAAGGAGGUCAGAAAGACAUGAUCAGGAACGCAAACCUGGUCGCCAUUGGAAAAUAGGGCAGGGACUAACAAAAUGCCGGAGCUGUCCUCGACUAACGCCAGCCUCUGACGGAGGCAGGAAAACAGCUGAAAUGCCAUGUGUAGAAGAGCAUGGCAGGCAACCACAGCUGACUCGUAUGUGGACUUCUCCCAGAAUGAUUAAGUCUGAGGCUGAGACAUGAGUUGCAGCUACCUACAUUCAACGCUCGGUCCAAGGCAAGGCCGAGCCCAUGUGGACUCACCUAAACAUUAACUGUUUUUACGCUGUAGCUCUAACAUAAAGCAUUUGCAUUCAGUAGACAUGCCGCUAAAAAGCAAUAAAGUUGUAUUCCAUCAAAUACAUCCAUUGUGCUCAAGCCAUGGGUAUGUCACAUGUGUAAUGUAUUUAAUGCUGUGCUUUGAAGGCAGAGUGGCCAUAACACACUGCAUACCCAGAAUCUUCAUUAUUGUGAUCAUCCUUGUUCUAUGUGCUAAUGUUACUUAUAGUACUAUAUCGAUAAAGAGGAAACAGAGCAACGCAAAUGCAAGGGAGAGCCCAAACAAGGAAAAGUGAUUUGUUGGGUGCUGGUAAUUUUGCCCCUCCAUCCAUUUCGUACGUUUGAAGUUUUGGUUGGUGGCUUUAAUUAAUUAUAGCACUCAGCAGGAGGUUGCUUAGAGCUAUUGUGGUCCGACCAGGGGUCCUAAAUCUGUCAAAUCUCAUCAGAAUUAAUUGGCCAAAAUGAGGAUCAGUUCAAAAAUAAAUUGAAAUACGGUGUAGUACCAGUACAUGUUUUCAUAAAAUAAGAUAUGGUUAAAUGUAAUUAUACUUGAGAUUUAUGCAUCUGUGAUUUUCGCAAUUCACUUAAAAGUAAAGAGAGGGACUAAACAGCAAUGCGUAGGUUAGAAAUGGGGAUACGAUUUGGUGAUGGAGUGAGCCGACCCAGAACCAAGUUGUGUUUAUGAAGUGUUAUUGUGAUGCAGAGUUGAUGCAGUGACUUUGAGAUUAAGUUUCCUCUUUAGGAAAGACAAGUUUGCACCAUCAAUCCCUCACAAAAGCAGAGAUUAUUUUCUUGGUCGCGGGAAGUAAAUUCACAAGGUGGUCAAUCUGAAGGUGGUCAAAUCUCACUUAUUAUAGCCAUGGGAAAAGUUUAAUUUGGUUUCAAAUAAUUUGAAUACUGAAAAUAUAUAAAACUAACUUCUAACUAAUGAAUCUUGUUGUUUUCCAAGCAAAAAAAAAA